UUAGAUACAAACUCCCUAUAUACGAACUAAUCAUAUGGCUUCUAGAUUGGUGAUUGCUUUGGCUGUCUUUGCCCUUGUAUUGGGGAAUGGCAAUGCGCAACUUUCCACAAACUUCUACUCUAGUUCAUGCCCCAAACUCUUUUCCACUGUGAGAUCCACAGUUCAAUCUGCCAUAUCAAAGGAAGCCCGUAUGGGUGCUUCUCUCCUCCGCUUGUUCUUCCAUGAUUGCUUUGUCAACGGAUGCGAUGGAUCGAUUCUACUAGACGACACAUCAAGCUUCACCGGAGAGAAGAACGCAAACCCAAACAGGAACUCAGCCCGUGGAUUCGAAGUGAUUGACGCCAUCAAAACUGCCGUUGAGAAAGUCUGCCCUGGUGUUGUCUCAUGCGCUGAUAUCCUCGCCGUUGCUGCCAGAGACUCUGUUAAUAUCCUUAAAGGCCCAACUUGGAACGUCAAACUUGGAAGAAGAGACGCCAGAACAGCCAGCCAGUCCGCCGCCAACAACGGCAUCCCUCCACCCACUUCCAACCUCAACCAACUCAUCUCCAGGUUCAGCGCUCUCGGACUUUCCACCAAGGACUUGGUUGCACUAGCAGGCGGUCACACAAUUGGACAAGCAAGAUGCACUAGCUUCAGAGCGAGACUCUACAACGAGAGCAACAUAGAAGCUUCGUUCGCCACAAGCAGGAAAACCAACUGUCCCAGAGCAUCGGGUACAGGGGACAACAACCUUGCGCCGCUUGAUCUCCAAACACCCACGGCCUUCGACAACAACUACUUCAGGAACCUUCUUCAGAACAAGGGGCUGCUCCACUCCGACCAGCAACUCUUCAACGGUGGCUCCACCGACUCUAUAGUCAGAGGCUACGCCUCCAACCCGACCUCAUUCUCCUCUGACUUCAUCAGCGCCAUGAUCAAGAUGGGAGACAUUAGUCCCCUCACUGGAUCUAACGGUGAAAUCAGGAAGAACUGCAGGAGGAUCAACUAAAUCAUAUACAUUAUUAGUAACUAUACAAUAAGUUGUUAACAUGUUUUGAAUUCUCUUCUUGUUUCCCAUUGUUAUUCAUGUGUCCACUGUCCCUUCAUUUUGCUCCUUAUGUUUAGUUUUUUUUUUUUUCGGAUUAUUAUUGUUAUAUUAAUUAAGGCUUUAUAAGCGCCCAAGAGGGAAGGGAGUGGUUUUAUUUGAUUUGAUCUACAAAUGUGCUCUUCAUAUUCCUUUUAUAGAAAUUAAGUGUGGUAUUAUUAAUUA